AUGAGAGCGCCCUCCCUGCAGAGCCGAAGCGGCUCAUCGAUGCCCGCUGCUGCAGAGCCGCUCAUGCAGGUAGCAGCAGAUCCCGCCGCAGCCCCACCCGGUGCAGAUCAUCAGCGCCGCGUCCAACCACUCUACGCCGACGCCUCCUCUCAAACAUCAACAGCAGCAAGCGACAUCCCGCUACUACCUCCGCCGCCGCCUUACACCCCCGCGCCCCCUCAGGGCAGAUGCGUCGUGCUCCCCGCCCGCGAGGCGCGCUGGCGCACCAACAAGGGCAGAUCAGUCGACGGCACCGGCGCCCCGCUCUCCACGCUCGCCGCGACGGUCCUUGUGAGCGAGGGUCAGCUCGAGGGCGGUGACGUACAGCUCAUCCAUCCCGCCUCUAAUUCCUCCCUCCUCUCCCCAACCGACCCUCUCUCCUCCAUCGCCCUCAGCACCUACGCCACCAUCCACGAAAUCGUCAGCGGCGCUGCCCAGGGCCCCCGCGAAGCCUUCCGCCAGGUCCGCAUGGCCCGCGACGACGCCGCCGCCCGCGACGGAGGGGCUUACGACUUCCGCUCGCUGCUGUCGUCGGCCGUUUACGACGACGACUUGUUGGAUUUGGAUCAGCACGGGUCGGACCGGUUUGGCGAUUACAACCCUACGGCGCCGCCGAGCGUUGCGUCGACGGCGGCGUCUGUGUCGACGGUGGAGGAGGAUGGGGAAGAGGGGAGGAAGAGGGGCGUGUGCUUCACGCCGUCGGGCACGGGGACGGUGGUGAGCGGGACGGUGAAUGGGGGAGGGGGCUCGGGCUCGGGGGAUACGUCGACGACGGUGGGGAUGGGGGGGAGGAGGGGGAGGGGAGAGGGAGAGGGAAGGGAUGAGGGCAGUCCGUAUGCGGCGGUGGCGGCGAGCACGGGCUUGGGCGUGGCGCGCAUCGUGGGCGCCGGCUUGAAGGCGCCGGGCGUGUAUACGAGCGGGUUGGCGAGGGGGUUCAACAACGUGCCGAGGCUGUAUGGGGACGAGACGGUGAGGGAGGAAGAGAGGAUCGAUGGGGUGGCGUCGGGGUUGGUCGCGGCGGGGAAGGGCCUUGGGUAUGGCUUGUUCGACGGCAUCACGGGGCUCUUCGUGCAGCCGGUCAAAGGAGCUCUUGGAGUACCGGGAUACGCGUUCACGGGUAUACAAAAGUCGAUCGAGAAAGAACUGUCGCGGAAGGCAAGCCCGGAAGAGUGUUUGGCGGCUGCCGAGGUCCUGCAGGGCGAGGACGAGAUGCAGCGCUUGAGUGAUAAGGAGCGGAUGGAGAUUGUGACUGCGUGGCUUGCAAGGUGA